AAUCUCUACACUUGAAAGCCUAAGCUCUUCAGCAGCCUGCUAAGUUUCAGUUGUAUACACUGUGUGUUCUGUUUGUCACAUUGGUCUAAAACCGGAUUGAUGUAUUUUUAUAUGUUGAUUAAAUGUGACAUAGUUUAAUUGGCUUCAAAAUAACGUUCUAAUUAAAUAUGUUCACAUGCAUGUUCAAUUAUGACGGUAUUCAUGGCCAGUGGGAGCACAAUGAACUUAAGUUGAAGGAUGAGAAAACUCUUUUCUUUGGUGAGAAGCAAUUCACUGCUUUCGGCUUAAGUGGAACUUGACCGGAUUAACCAAAAGAUACUGAAAAUAGUAUAUUUGAUCCAAAUGAAGUAUCAAUUGAGUCACUCUCUGCCUUUAACUACGUGCGUUUAUUUCUCGUUGAUUUCUCGUUGAUUUGGAAGGACAACAAGGAGGCGACCACUCCAAAUCUUAGGUGAUCAAUCAUCUCAUUUUUUUGUGAUUGAAUGGUGAAUUCAUUUACCUAACUCCAUCUUCAUAUGUAGAUGGUCGGGAAUGUUAGUUGCAUUAGCCAUCGUCUUGCGUUCUAAACCUGGGCUUUGACUACUGUGUUGCCGAUUCUGAUAAGCUCAUGUUAUGAAUUUAUUUAUUUUGUAUGAUUUGCUUAGAUUUUUUCAUAUUUCUUACUUUUUGUUAAAUUUUUCUUUCAUUUUAUUUCAUUUUUUCAGUAGUACUAAAGUAUUAAUCAUACAAUAAGUAAAAGCGCGAUACGAGCACCGUACAGGCUAUCCACGUCGGCAAUUAAAUCAGCCAAUAGGGUGCGUUUUUUAAUCCACGUCAGCCAAGCUUGGGUUGGUCUUGGGUCUUCCAAACUAAAUCCAUAAGCCCAGCAUCAUGUGUAUCCAAGCCCAUACGAUGUGUGAUCCUGGCUCUAUCUCAACUCAUCUCAUCUCUUCGCUUAGCAUUUUAAAACGGUCAGUCGAUCGAUCUCUUCCACGACUCAUCUCUUUGCCUUUUCCCCUUCUCGAACGGAUCUAUCAAUCGAGACCGUAUUCAUGAGUGUACAAUGAAUCCGGUGGAUAACUCAUUAAUGGAUUCCUUUCGCCUUUCCCCCUCUGAUCUUCUAUUUAGCUUUCGAUUUUUCCCCAGAACUAUUACACACAAGUCUCUCUCAAACCAUGAAUUCCAACAUGCAGAAACAUGUUUCCGGCGAUCUCACCACGAAGAAAUCAAACCGCAAGGCCGUCGUCUCCUCCGCCGAGCCAAACUCCGGCGAUCUUACCGCGAGGAAACCAAGCGGCAAGGCCGUUGACUCCUCUGUCGAGCCAAUCGUACGAGCCAGCUUCACCGGAGUCUCCCCUGUUUCAGCUGUUCCCGGUGAUCCAAAAUCCAAGAAACUAAACGGCAAGGCCGCUGUCUCCUCCGCGGAUCCUAUCUCCGGCGAUCUCACCGCGAAGAAACCAAACGGCAAAGAUGUUGACUCCUCCGCCGAGCCAAUCAAACGAGCCAGCCACACCAUAAUCUCUCCCGUUCCAGUUGUCUCCGGCGAUCCAAAGUCCAAGCAGAAAAACGGUAAGGCCGUUGUCUCCUCCGUCGAGGCGAUCAGACGUACCGGAAAUGCCGGUGGUUCGUGCGCCGACGUUGUCUCCGGCAAGCUUACACCGAAGAAGUUAAAGGGCAAGGCCGUCGACUCCUCCUCCGUUGAAGUGCUGUUCUUCAAAGAUGUCAAGUUCGGACCUCAAAAAGGCAAGCUGAGGUUUCGUCUGAUCCAUUUUUGGGAGGCUCGGAACGCACACACGAAGAUACUCAUUGGUAUUGAGAUGAUUCUCAUCGACGAACAGGGUACUGUGAUCCAGGGGUUCAUUCCACCGAGCAGGAUUGACACUUAUUUGCCACAUAUGAUCGCUGGUUCUCUCUACAGGCUUAUUAAGUUUUAUGGAUCAAAGAGCAAGACUGUGUAUCGAGUUUCUGAGCAAGACGUGACCAUUUCUUUCUCAUGGAAUUAUGUCCUCUCUGUCCUCGAGAACUGCCCGGUUCAGUUUCUUGAAGAUCGGUUCCGUUUCUAUGGUUAUGAAGAGUUUGAAUCAGCCUGUGACCUCAUGGGGGAUCUUUAUGAUUAUAUUGGUCACAUUAAGCUGGUGAAUGAACAGGCAUUGGGUGACGGUCUUGUGCUUGAUGAAGUUGAGAUAGCUUCUUCACGGCGAAUUCUGGUUCAUGUUCAGACUCAUGAUGGUCCUGUGAUGAAGCUUUAUUUAUGGGACACUGCUGCUACGGACUUUUGUUUGAAAUUUAAAGCGCAAGAAAACACUCCAAGUGUUAUCCUGGUGACUACCGUAAACCCGAAACGAUUUGGAGGCGCCCUUACUAUCUCCUCUCUGUCAUCUUCACGUGUGUUCUUAGACCUGGACGUGCAACCAACCAAAGAUUAUCUGGCUUGGCUGGGUUCAAACUCGGAAGUUUCUAACAGGAUCAAUGCUGAUAUAGUGACCAAGGCUGAGACAGUCACUAUAGGAGAGCUAUUUACCUACAUCAAGCAGGAGGGAGCAAAGGUUGCUUGGUUUGAGUGCACAGCCACCAUUGAUGAUGUUGGUCAUGGUUCGGCAUGGUAUUAUAUAGCUUGCGGUGGUUGUAAAACUAAGGCGACCAAAGGGCCUACUACACUUAUGUGUAAGAAAUGUGGAAAAGCUGAAGUGGCCGGUGUUGCAGAGUACCUCACAAACCUCUCUGUCUAUGACAAUAAUGGCCAUGCGCGUUUUGUGCUUCUCUGUGAUGCUGGGCGUGAUCUGACUGGGAAGCUAGCCUCUGAAUUGGUUGAGAGCUACUUUGAGGCCAAUGAGAGCGUAGGUGAUGAUGCCGUUGUCCCAGUGCCUCAGGCUCUGAUUGACACAAUUGGGCAGACUCGCAAGUUCGUUGUGAAGGUAUCAAAGCACAACUUGGAAGGCAAGACCCAAGCUUGACUGUGACAAAGGUGCUGCCACUUGAAGUUCCAGUGCUUGAAGACGUCCUAGAUGAGAACGUGGCUGAGGAACCUGCUGAUGGAAGGGAUGAUGCUGCGGGUGUGACUGUGAAAAGGAGCUCUGAUGGAAUUGAGUCAGGAGAGACCAAGCGUGCCAAAUGUGGCUAAUAAAUUUUAAUACUGUUUUUUUUUUUUGUGUUUCAUGAAGACUAUGCUUUGUUUCUUUCGUUUUGGAUUUUAUUUUCCCAGCAUUUGAACAACUUUGGUGUUUAAUAAAGACUAUGUUUUGCUUCUUCCCGUUUUGCUUAUCAGUUAUGUCGUGUUGCUUUGCUCAUUUACUAUUGUUGCAACCUUUUAAACGUUUGAUAGUGUUACUUUGCUAAAUCUUUUAUGUUUUAGUAUUAAGUGAGCUGUGGUAAAUUUCUCAUAUUUAUUUUAGGUGCAAUUUUAAUUUAAAUGAUAGUUGAUCUAUCGGAAUAUGGUCAACAUAAAAAUAAUAACAGAAGACCAUAAUCAAGUUAGUAGCUUAUGAAACUGAAACCUAUAAACAAUUAAGUUUGUAGUAAAUUAGUGACGUUUUCGUUUUUAGAAAGGUUUCAUGAAAAAUAAACCCCUCUAUGGUUUGACCAAGGCAUUAUAAAUAAGUUAUCAACGCAAUUGUCAUCAUAUACAAUCUCAUAUCUGGUUACAGCAAACUACCCCAACGAGUUACUAAAAAUGAAUCAUCCACCACCGUAUACCUUGGUUCUAAGCGGCAAAAAGAAACCAGCUUACUCAUCUCCCAAACGAACCCUCACCAUGAAGAUCAAGAGGCCCAACACCCAGCAAACAACAAUCAGAAUAUCAAUAGCACUAAGGACAUCAAGUAAUGGCCACCUAGACGACGGUACAAUCAGCGAUAUGGAGUACAUGCUUCAGUAUCAUGAAAUCAACUUUGACUCGGUGACAGAAAUUAUAGAUGAGACUACUAACUAUGUCGCAGGCGUUAUUCCAACACUCGAUGAUGUCACAGGUACAGAUCUAGAUGUAAUUGUUAAGGUUACUGACUUCAACCCACAAGCUUUGAGUAGAACUGAUCUCGACGUCUAUACAAUCGACCUGCGAAGCAACAUAAGAGAGUCCAUCCCCAGCGAAGAGAAUGACAUCUGCGCAAUU